AUGAGAAAUACUAGAACUAGUCCUAGGAGUUCAGGGAAACUAAAUGCAGCAGCAACAGUUUUUGAUCCUAAUACUACAAGGAAGGAAGCUACAAAAGAAGGACUAAGUUCUAAUCCCUCAAGGAACACGAACAAAGAAUUUACAGCUCAAUGGGUGAAUAGAGCCUUCCUAGACCCCAAUGUUACCACAAAUCAGUCAUGUCAAGAAAUCCCCUCUCAAUCUUUAUAUACAAGUGUUAUCCCAGAACAAGAAAAUUUAAAAGAUCGUGUGAACUUUAUUGGAGGUAGGUUGUGGUGUCAGCAACAUGAAGAAGAAUCAUAUGAAGGAGAAUUUCUUGAAGGACAUGAGGAUGUGGAAGAAGUACAUGUAGAAGAUCCAGAUGUGGAGGAACAAAGUGUUAAUGGCAAGAGGGAUAGAAGUGAAGUACAAGGAGUAGUUGAUGGUAUCAAUGCAAAGGGUGCAACUGAUCAGCCCCUUCAACUUGAUCAGUACCAUAUCAAUCCAAAUUCACUCUCAAUACCUAACCAGGAAUCUAGCUCUGUGGAGAAACAAGAUCCUAUAGCUCAACCCAAAGAUCCAGGAGAUCCAGAAGAUCCAGGUGAUAAUAGUGCAGCAAUACAACAUCAACAACUGGAAGGAAUUCAGAAAGGUGGAGAUUUAAAGCUGCAGCAGAAUGUAGGACCUGAUGCUCCAUGGCUUGUUGGUGGAGACUUUAAUGUGAUAUGGGAUGAAGAAGAAAAAUUUGGAGGACUUCCAGUUCAUAUUAAUGAGAUAGAUCACUUUAGGCAUUGUAUUAAUACGUGCAAUCUUUUUGACCUGGGCUUUAAGGGAAGCAUCUACACCUGGUGGAAUGGGAGAGCUGAGAAGGACUGCAUAUUCAAAAGACUGGAUAGAUGUGUGCGAAACAUGGAGCUGCAACAAUUUUGGCCAGGUUUGGAGAUUAGUCACCUAUCCAAGAUUGGCUCAGAUCACAGCCCUAUGCAUCUCAGUUGCAAUCCCAGCAGUGGUCCAAUCAAGAAAGCUUUUAGAUUCUUGAAUUUCUGGAUUAAACAUGACACAUUGCUAGAUGUUGCUAAGGAGAGCUGGCAGAAGGCUCUAUCUAUAUGGAGUAAGGCAACCUUUGGAGAUAUAUUUCAAAAGCUAGCCAGUUUGGAGGAAGUAGUUAAGGUGCAUGAAACUCAAUUUGAACUGAAUCCAACAAUACAAAAUCGGGAAAGACUCCAAAAAGUGCAAUCUGAUCUAAUUCGUGUGUGGGCUAUAGAGGAAGAUUUUUGGAAACAAAAAGCAGAUCAAAAGGAUACAAGACAGAACUGGAAACUGCUAGAAGAUUCUGAAACUAUAGCCAAUGAGGCUGUGCAUUUUUUCGAGCAACAGUUCCAUGAGGAAAGUAUUCCUACUGACUUUUCGAUCAUAAAUUAUGUACCUUCGAUGAUGACAGAGGAACAGAACUAUGAUCUCACAAGGCUGCCUACAAUAGAAGAAGUAAAGAGGGCGAUCAUUGGGGAUGACAUAGUAGAGAUGGUGAAGGCUUUUUUCUGUGGACAUGAAUUACCUAAAUUUGUGACUCGCACAAAUUUAGUCCUACUACCAAAGAAGAAGGAGGUGCAGACUUUUUCAUAUCUGAGGCCAAUCAGCUUGAGUAAUUUCACAAAUAAAAUAAUAUCGAGGGUCAUUCAUGAAAGGUUGGUUGAUAUACUCCCUUCUGUUAUUUCUGAUGAGCAAGCAGGCUUUGUGAAGGGAAGGAGUAUUGUUGAAAAUGUGCUGCUUACUCAGGAAAUAAUAACUGACACUAGAUUAAGAACAAAAGCAGGUCCUAAUGUGUUUAAUAAGCUUGACAUGAUGAAGGCAUAUAAUAGACUGUCUUGGUUGUUCCUCACAAAGGUUUUGAGGAAGAUGGGGUUUUCAGAAAGAGGGGUAAAGCAAGGUGAUCCUUUGUCACCUACAUUGUUUAUCUUGGCUGCAGAAGCACUUUCAAAGGGGUUGAAUGCACUACAUCAGAAUUUGUAUUUUUGUGGUUUUGGAUUGCCCAAAUGGAGUCCCAAGAUCAAUCACCUUGCAUACGCAGAUGACACAAUAAUAUAUUCAUCCUCAGAUGCCACAUCUUUGAGACUGAUUAUGGAGAUUCUGAAUUCCUAUGAAGCAGCUUCUGGGCAACUGAUCAACAAAACCAAAUCUGCAGUUUAUGUGCAUCACUCAACAAAUGAGGAAGUUGUGAGAAAAAUAGAAAGAGUUACUAGAAUUGAAAGGCAAGAUUUUCCAUUCAUCUAUCUUGGUUGUCCUAUUUUCUACUCAAGGAGAAGGAUGGACUACUAUGAAGUAUUAAUUACAAAGGUACUUGAUAAAAUACAAUCUUGGAAAGGAAGGCUUUUGUCUAUUGGAGGGAGGGCAGUGCUGAUAAAUAGUGUGCUGCAAAGCAUGCCUAUUCACUUGCUUUCAGCAGUGAAUCCACCUAAUUAUGUGAUCAACAAGUUGCACAAUCUAUUUGCUAGGUUCUAUUGGAGCAACUCUACUGAUGGGAGAGCAAGACAGUGGGCAUCAUGGGAUACUUUAUGCCUUCCUUAUUAUGAAGGAGGAGUAGGAUUUAGAUCCUUACAUGACAUGUCCAAAGCCUUAUUUUGCAAACUAUGGUGGAAUUUUAGGACUAAGCCAUCUUUGUGGAGUUGUUUUAUGAGCCAAAAGUAUUGCAAGAAGUUGAAUACUAUUGUGGUACCUUGGAGGGGUGGUUCACUUAUAUGGAGGAAGAUGUUGGAAUGUAGGGACCUUGUGGAGCCUCAGAUUUUCUGGAAAUUGAAAAUGGGAUCCUCACUUUUUUGA